AUGAUGUGUCUCGAAGUGAAAGAUUUCAUACAAGGAUACAUUGGUACAAGGAUGGACGGAUGGUGCCUCUGGUCCGUACUCUCGUGGAUAGUCACGCUCUCGGUGUUGGCUUGGGUAGGCGUCCAGCUCAUCCACCUGACGAGGAGGCUCUUCAUCCACGCCUUCGCCGCUUACCCUCCUUUCACCUCCUAUGGCGCCUGGGCAGUGGUGACGGGAUGCACGGACGGAAUCGGGCUCAGUUAUGCCAAGGAAUUGGCCAGGCAUGGAAUGAAAAUCGCUUUAAUCAGCAGAAACCCUGAUAAGCUCGAGACAGUGGCUUGGCAAAUAGAGAAGGAAUUUGGCGUUGAGACCAAAGUGAUUCAAGCCGACUUCACGAAGCUAGACAUCUACGAGGGGAUAAAGGAGAAGUUGGCGGGCCUGGACAUCGGGAUCCUCGUGAACAACGUGGGAAUGGCAACGAGAAUCAGCCCGUUCCUAGAUGUCCCGGAUGGAGAGAAGACAUAUCAGGACGUACUCCUAGUCAACAACAUGUCAAUGGUGCGGAUGACCCACAUGGUCCUCCCUGGGAUGGUCGAGAAGAGAAAGGGGAUCAUCAUCAACGUCUCCUCAAUUUCAGACGUCUCCCCGGUUCCUCUCCUGACAACUUACUCGGCAACAAAGGCAUUCAUAUACAGCUUUUCGCGGGGUCUCGCCUACGAAUACAAAAGCAAAGGGAUUCUUGUCCACCACGUCGACCCUUGGUACGUGUACACGAAGAUGAUGAAUAAAUUGGUUCACCGGCCGGGUUUGAUGGCUCCGACUCCGGAUAUCUUCGUCCGGGCCGACCUCCGCUCUAUAACCAAAGUCCAAGUUACUUCUGGUUAUUGGCUUCAUAACUUCAUGAGGGAGGCCGCUCGUUUCAUGGAUUUCAUCGCGCCCACAGCAGCGACGAAUAUGGUCGGGUGGACCAUAAAAAAUGUUCUGGAAAGGGCGAUGCAGAAACGGGCGAAACUCAAGAAGCAAAAAGCGGAUGCCAAGACGGCUUAGUCUUCCCAUCAGAAGUGACACGCAUGAGCUCCCCUCCGGUACUCGCAUCUGACUUGGUCGGGUGAUAUCCGAUGUCGCCUGGACCUGUACAUCGGCGGGAUCCCGAUUGGCUAGGACAGGUGUCGUCAUUUGUUGCAGGAGUUUUUAAAGAAUGGAAAUGGUACCUCGUUCUGUUUCCGGUAUUGCAUGUUCUGCGUCUUACUUUAUCUUGUCUUUUGUAUAAUGUUUUUUUUUUUUCCAAUGAAGCCUU